UUUAAGAAAAUCGAUAACGGAAAACCCUUUUUCUCCGCUUGCAUUACUGCAACUCCCUCCUUUCGCGAGUAUUUCGCCUUCCCGAUUGUGGCUUCUUCACCAUGGAAGAGGAGCCCAGUAUCCUCGAAGCCUUACUCGACGAUGGAGAAGAAGACAUCGAGAUGGUCGACGUCGAAGAGGGCCAACUCUUCGAACAAACUACCGACGCCACCGCCCAGACCUCCGGCGAGGCUAACAACAAUGGCGGCGGAGGCGGAGAGUCUCUUGACACCGCUAUGAAUCCGGGUAAAAAGAAGAGGAAGAAGAACAGGAAGAACAAGAAGAAGAAGCAGCAGCCCAGCAGUGGUCCGGCUCCUCCCGUGGAAAUAAAUAGGUUUGUGAUAGAUACGUGUAGGCGUCUGAAAGAGAAGAAAUCGUACUUGAUCUACUCUGCUGUGGGGACUCUUGGUGUUGAGGCCUUGAGUGAUCUGGUCAGAGAGGUUUGUUUUCUUCAUCAAGACGUUCACUUACUGAUUCCCCUUUCAUCUUUUAUGGUGUUAAUCCUUGUGGAUGCUAUUCAGUCAUGUGGGGGACAGAUGACUGCAGAUGGCAAGCGUUCUCGAACUGGCGGUGGGAUAUUAUGGAACAUCUUAAAGGCGAGAGAACCUGCAGCAUACAGAGAAAUUAUGAAACAAGCAAAGGCGUUUGAGAAGCAAUUAUUUAAGCAACAGAAGAUGAUGAUGCGAUCAGCUAAUGCAGAAACUGUAGUAGGGUUGUGUAAUGAAACUGCAAAUGCAAUCACUGAGGACGCGACUCCAACAAAAUUUGGCGAGCUUGUGCCUGAAAGCCAACAACUUGUAAAGGACAAUGGUGAGAUGAAGCGCGGUUCGGUUCAUGAUAGGAUUAGGGUACCUGUUUCAUAUGAGGAUUUGAUUCAGGAUGAACCAGAGGACAGUUGCUCAUAGCUUCUUUGGCGUGGAAGGUGUGUAAAUACUUGGUCAAAAGAACAGCUACAUUUUUUUGGGGUGGGGGGUUCAAUUCUUGCUUUCUGACGAAUGUCUUUUGAACUGUCAUAGUCCCCAAUGGAAUGCAAUGGUUAUGUGGGAGUUCUGGUAUGUUUCUCUCAUGUAUUUUGCCUUUCAAUUUUACAUGAAGUCCAUCUUCCUUAUGAAUACUUGACAAAUUUAAUUGAAUGAAGAAGAAAGGUACAAGUCAAUGUGGUAAAUUUCGAAUGCCAGCUAGGAUGUAAAUGAAGAGGUGGACAACUACAAGGUUGGGAACCUUGUGAAGUUCUCUGCUCGUGGGAGAUGCGGUGCUAAACUCGCCACUGGAUCAGUAAUGUGCCACACAAGGAUCUGAAAGGAGUCCCUCCAGAUCAUCUUCAAGGGGAGUUGAGACCUUGGACACAGUCCCACAGUACCUGAAGACUGAUAAUAGAAGUGAGAGAUGUUGAUCGCAGCUCCACAAGAACCACAGCCCUCGACUUAGGCAAGUCCCUUCUCUUUUCCCCUGUUUGGAUCCUGGAUUGCAGAACAUUCAAACAAAGUACUGUUGUUGUAAUCAAACCUAAAAUCCCUGUAAUCUAGUUUAGGAUCCGUGACUCCCAGGUGGCAUUUGGCUCCUGUGGAACUCCAUCGAAACCAUGAUCUAUGUCAUUCGUGUGGGAUGGACAUAUGCCACUGGGUUUUAGGCAGCCCACGUCUCGUGCAACUGUAUGUGGGGAAUGGGUCGUAGUUUGGUGGACGAAUGGGGAAUGAAUUGCGAGUAAACGACGCCACAAGUUCUGGAAAACUACGAAGGACCCAUGGAAAUAGAAUAGGUAGAAAGAAUUCUGCAUAUCCAUGAUUGUUGUUACGAAC